AUGACAUCAUACAGAGGGAUCCUGGCACCACCAUUGUCUAGUCACGCACCUUGUACUAUCCUACCUAAGACCGAGGCCUACCCAAUCACUGCCCGGAAUAGUCCGUCUAUCAUUAAGACCGAGACCUACCCAAUCACUACCCAGAAUAGUCCGUCUAUCAUUAAGACCGAGGCCUACCCAAUCACUACCCAGAAUAGUCCGUCUAUCAUUAAGACCGAGUCCUACCCAACCGAGGCCUACCCAAUCAUUACCCGGGAUAUUCCGUCCAUCAUUAAGACCGAGGCCUACCCAAUCACUACCCGGAAUAGUCCGUCCAUCAUUAAGACCGAGGCCUACCCAAUCACUACCCGGAAUAGUCCGUCUAUCAUUAAGACCGAGGCCUACCCAAUCACUACCCGGAAUAGUCAGUCUAUCAUUAAGACCGAGGCCUACCCAAACAUUAAGACCGAGGCCUACCCAAUCACUACCCGGAAUAGUCCGUCUAUCAUUAAGACCGAGGCCUACCCAAUCACUACCCGGAAUAGUCCGUCUAUCAUUAAGACCGAGGCCUACCCAAUCACUACCCAGAAUAGUCCGUCUAUCAUUAAGACCGAGGCCUACCCAACCGAGGCCUACCCAAUCAUUACCCGGGAUAUUCCGUCCAUCAUUAAGACCGAGGCCUACCAAAUCACUACCCAGAAUAGUCCGUCUAUCAUUAAGACCGAGGCCUACCCAACCGAGGCCUACCCAAUCACUACCCGGAAUAGUCAGUCUAUCAUUAAGUCCGAGGCCUACCCAAUCUCUUCCCGGAAUAGUCCGUCUAUCAUUAAGACCGAGGCCUACCCAAUCACUACCCGGAAUAGUCCGUCUAUCAUUAAGACCGAGGCCUACCCAACCGAGGCCUACCCAAUCACUACCCGGAAUAGUCCGUCCAUCAUUAAGACCGAGGCCUACCCAAUCACUACCCAGAAUAGUCCGUCUAUCAUUAAGACCGAGGCCUACCCAAUCACUACCCGGAAUAGUCCGUCUAUCAUUAAGACUGAGGCCUACCCAACCGAGGCCUACCCAAUCACUACCCGGAAUAGUCCGUCCAUCAUUAAGACCGAGGCCUACCCAACCGAGGCCUACCCAAUCACUACCCGGAAUAGUCCGUCUAUCAUUAAGACCGAGGCCUACCCAAUCACUACCCGGAAUAGUCCGUCUAUCAUUAAGACCGAGGCCUACCCAAUCACUACCCGGAAUAGUCCGUCUAUCAUUAAGACCGAGGCCUACCCAAUCACUACCCGGAAUAUUCCGUCUAUCAUUAAGACCGAGGCCUACCCAACCGAGGCCUACCCAAUCACUACCCGGGAUAUUCCGUCGAUCAUUAAGACCGAGACCUACCCAACCGAUGCCUACCCUGUCACUGCCCGGAAUAGUGCGAUCAUUAAGGCAGAGGCCUACCCAAUCACUACCCGGAAUAGUCCGUCUAUCAUCAAGGCCGAGGCCUACCCAAUCACUACCCGGAAUAGUCCGUCUAUCAUUAAGACCGAGGCCUACCCAAUCACUUCCCGGAAUAGUCCGUCUAUCAAUAAGACCGAGGCCUACCCAAUCACUACCCGGAAUAAUCCGUCUAUCAUUAAGACCGAGGCCUACCCAAUCACUACCCGAAAUAGUCCGUCUAUCAUUAAGACCGAGGCCUACCCAAUCACUACCCGGAAUAGUCCGUCUAUCAUUAAGACCGAGGCGUACCCAACCGAGGCCUACCCAAUCACUACCCGGGAUAGUCCGUCUAUCAUUACCCGGAAGACCGAGGCCUACCCAAUCACUACCCGGAAUAGUCCGUCUAUCAUUAAGACCGAGGCCUACCCAAUCACUACCCGGAAUAGUCCGUCUAUCAUUAAGACCGAGGCCUACCCAACCGAGGCCUACCCAAUCACUACCCGGAAUAGUCCGUCCAUCAUUAAGACCGAGGCCUACCAAACCGAGGCCUACCCAAUCACUACCCGGAAUAGUCCGUCUAUCAUUAUGGCCGAGGCCUACCCAAACACUACCCGGAAUAGUCCGUCUAUCAUUAAGACCGAGGCCUACCCAACCGAGGCCUACCCAAUCACUUCCCGGAAUAGUCCGUCUAUCAAUAAGACCGAGGCCUACCCAAUCACUACCCGGAAUAAUCCGUCUAUCAUUAAGACCGAGGCCUACCCAACCGAGGCCUAUCCAAUCACUACCCGGAAUAGUCCGUCUAUCAUUAAGACCGAGACCUACCCAAUCACUACCCGGAAUAGUCAGUCUAUCAUUAAGACCGAGGCCUACCCAAUCACUACCCGGAAUAGUCCGUCUAUCAUUAAGACCGAGGCCUACCCAAUCACUACCCGGAAUAGUCCGUCUAUCAUUAAGACCGAGGCCUACCCAAUCACUACCCGGAAUAGUCCGUCUAUCAUUAAGACCGAGGCCUACCCAACCUAG